AUGGUUUCUUUGAUCUAUCUUCUGCAGGUGAAGCGCACAUUGUUCAUAAACGGCAUUUCCAAAUACGCAGAAGAGUCUCAGAUCAAGCAACACUUUGAACAGGCGUAUGAGAACUGCCUGGUCCUGGAGGCUCGCAUCUGUUUUAACGUGGCCAGACUGAUGUCUCUGAACGGAGAGAGGAAGAAGACGGAGAGGAGCAAGAAGUUCUUCACGGACCUCAUGGCCAAGGAGCACGUACCUACCAUGAUCAACCCCAAACCAUGUGGGCACCUCUGCUGCUGUACCAUCACCGGCUGUGAGGAGGAGGAGGCGGUGAGCUUCUACACAAAGCGCGAGGCCAAACUGAAGGAGGAGUACAGGAAGGAGAAGGAGAAGGUCCACACCAAGCCCCUGGGCAUGGCCUUCGUCACCUUCCAGAACGAGGCCAUGACAGCCGUACACCUCCUCCUCAGACACGUUCUCCUCAGCACCUCCUCCUCAGCACCUCCUCCUCAGCACCUCCUCCUCAUUCACAUCCUCCUCAGACACCUCCUCCUCAGACACCUCCUCUGCUUCCAACUCAGACACCUCCUCCUCAAUCACCUCUGCUUCCAUCUCAGACACCUCCUCCUCAGACACGUUCUCCUCAGCACCUCCUCCUCAGCACCUCCUCCUCAUUCACAUCCUCCUCAGACACCUCCUCCUCAGACACCUCCUCUGCUUCCAUCUCAGACACCUCCUCCUCAGACACCUCCUCUGCUUCCAUCUCAGACACCUCCUCCUCAAUCACCUCUGCUUCCAUCUCAGACACAUCCUCCUCAGACACCUCCUCUGCUUCCAUCUCAGACACCUCCUCCUCAGACACCUCCUCUGCUUCCAUCUCAGACACCUCCUUCUCAGACAACUCCUCUGCUUCCAUCUCAGACACCUCCUCCUCAGACACAUCCUCCUCAGCACCUCCUCCUCAGACACCUCCUCUGCUUCCAUCUCAGACACCUCCUCUGCUUCCAUCUCAGACACCUCCUCCUCAGACACCUCCUCUGCUUCCAUCUCAGACACCUCCUUCUCAGACAACUCCUCUGCUUCCAUCUCAGACACCUCCUCCUCAGACACAUCCUCCUCAGCACCUCCUCCUCAGACACCUCCUCUGCUUCCAUCUCAGACACCUCCUCUGCUUCCAUCUCAGACACCUCCUCCUCAGACACCUCCUCUGCUUCCAUCUCAGACACAUCCUCCUCAGACACCUCCUCUGCUUCCAACUCAGACACCUCCUCCUCAAUCACCUCUGCUUCCAUCUCAGACACCUCCUCUGCUUCCAUCUCAGACACCUCCUCCUCAGACACCUCCUCUGCUUCCAACUCAGACACCUCCUCCUCAAUCACCUCUGCUUCCAUCUCAGACACCUCCUCUGCUUCCAUCUCAGACACCUCCUCCUCAGACACCUCCUCUGCUUCCAUCUCAGACACCUCCUCCUCAAUCACCUCUGCUUCCAUCUCAGACACCUCCUCCUCAGACACCUCCUCUGCUUCCAUCUCAGACACCUCCUCCUCAGACACCUCCUCCUCAGACACAAUCCUGAAGGACUUUAACGCCUGUCAGGUGCAGGGCUGUGUGUGUCGUCAGGAGCCGCGGUCGUCUCAGUUCAGUGAAGUCCUCCACGUUUACAACUGGAGCGUCACCUACGCACCAGACCCACAGAACGUCCGCUGGGAGAACCUGUCGUUGGGAGGUAUCUCGUGGUGGAUCCGCUGCUUCAUCAUCAACGUAAUCCUCUUCCUGCUGCUCUUCUUCCUCACCACACCAGCAAUCAUCAUCACUACCAUGGACAAGUUCAACGUCACCAAACCAGUGGAGUUCCUCAACGGACCUGCCGUCGCCUCGUGCCCACUGACACGCACUGGUUUUGGGGCAGAUGAGGAGAGUCCUGCUGGGAGGCUUCAGCCAGAGACACUACAAAACACUGUUGACAGACACAGAGACAGGAGUGACCCACAUAGGCUCAGGUCUGCUCCAUUGCCUCGGACUCGUUGCGGUCCCAGUGUGAGGCUUCUGUUCGGGGUUGUGGGUGUCUGCAGCUGUGCCGUGUCUCCAGGGACCUGCCGUCGCCUCGUGCCCACUGACACGCACUGGUUUUGGGGCAGAUGA